GUCCUUCGAAGGAUGCAGCCCCUGAAUUGAGACACACUGCCAGUCUCGCGCUGUAGACUUUUAUAUUGUAAAAUACAUAAUCACAGAAGACUUUUAUUAUGACAUUCGCCUGAGCCGCGGUAAGAGAGCUCUCCCGGUCUCGCGCUGUUUACUGUUGCUCAUUUCACGGAGCUGUUCUCCCGCAGCGCCGGAGGAGGAAGAGCAGGAUCAGCUGAACCACAGAAGACAUGUAUUACCAGGAAACAACCAGGAUAUUUAACAAAGAGCCAUGUUAAACUGCUGAAAGAGGUGAAGCACAAGUCGUCCAGAAGAAUUUCCAGAACAUUUUUCAUCAAAAUUUUUUGUCCUGGCAUGGACAAAUCUCACCACUCUGCCGAGAGUUUUACUACACAAAGUACUCUUAAUCGGCACCACUGCUCAGACUGUGGGAACAGUUUUAAACAACGCAGGGAUCUCAAAAUACACCAGCUCAUUCACACAGGAGAGAAACCGCAUCACUGCUCAGAAUGUGGGAUGUGUUUUAGUCGACAGAGCCAUCUCAAACUGCACCAGCGCAUUCACACAGGAGAGAAACCGUAUCACUGCUCUGAAUGUGGGAAGAGUUUUAUUCAACAGAGUGAUCUCAAAAAACACCAGCGCAUUCACACAGGAGAGAAACCGUAUCACUGCUCUGAAUGUGGAAAGAGUUUUAUUCAACAGAGUGAUCUCAAAAUACACCAGCGCAUUCACACAGGAGAGAAACCGUAUUACUGCUCAGACUGUGGGAGGUGUUUUAAUCAACAGAGUCAUCUCAAACUGCAUCAGCGCAUUCACACAGGAGUAAAACCGUAUCACUGCUUAGAGUGUGGGAGAAGUUUUAAUCGACAGAGUACUCUCAAACUGCAUCAGCGCAUUCACACAGGAGAAAAACCGUAUCACUGCUCAGACUGUGGGAAGAGUUUUAUUCAAAAGAGUAAUCUCAAAAAACACCAGCGCGUUCACACAGGAGAGAAACUAUCCCAAACCUGUUCCACUGCCAUAAAAACUGAAAGUCCUAAAUAAACGCAUCCAGGGUGGAGUUUGAUACCUACAUUAGUUAAUGCCUACAGAGCUCUCCACUACUACACUAAUACAUUUUUACACAAAAAGUAACACCAUGAACGUUGAAAAUUAUAUUAUAACAUUAUUAUGUUAUAAUAGGUUAGCUUAACUUAGUUUAUAAAAUUUAGAUGUGAUAUAUGUUAUGAGUAGAGUUGUAUUCUUAGCUUGCAACUAAACGUAAUGCCUUUAAAAACAAAUUUAAUUAAUUUUUUAUAGUUUGUGCAGAUUUGAUUUAUUUUCAUUCGUUUCCAGUAUAUCUGUAUUUGCUCUGCAGAAGCCGCCUGUCUGUCUGCGUGUUUCAAUAAAAGGCUUAUAUGUUUUAA